CUUCAAGAGUAGAUGGGUGCUUUUUGGGAAUAAGAAGCUCUUAUAUAUAAUAAUUGUAACUGAAGUGCUACUUAUAUGUAUAUUUUGAUUAUUGACCAUCGAAGGUGUGCGCAAUAAGCGUCUUUAUCCAGUAAUUAUGUUAUGUUGCUUAUCAGAAGAACAAAAGACACGCAGGCUAAUAAACAAGGAGAUUGAGAAAAUAAUCAAAGCAGACAGAAAGAAAAUGAACUAUGUUAUUAAACUCCUAUUGCUGGGUACGGGAGAAUCGGGAAAAACAACAUUUCUCAAACAAAUGCGCAUUAUACAUGGCGAUAGGUUUUCGGACAAAGAGAUGCGUUUCUUCACUAAGAAGGUGUACCGAAACAUAUUCAUGGCUAUGCAGUCAAUGAUCAAGGCUAUGGACGAACUUGAAAUAUCCUAUAGUGAUGUUGAAAAUAUUGAUCGCGCUGAGCUCGUUUCGUCAGUUCCAUUAAAAACAAUCGAAACCUUGGAAGAUCCAUAUUUGAGUGGCAUUAAAUGUCUUUGGAAUGAUGUUGGCAUACAGGAGUGUUACAGACGUCGAGAUGAAUAUUAUUUAAUAGAUUCUGCAGAAUACUUUCUCCGUGAAAUAGAACGAAUUGAAAAUUCCGAUUAUAUACCGAAUGAAGAGGAUAUUUUGCGAGUACGUUCAAAGACAACUGGAAUCCAUCAAUACGAUAUUAAAAUGGAACCAUUUGUACUCCGUAUGGUUGACGUACGUGGACAGAGUUCGGAACUAAUGAAAUGGAUCCAUUGCUUCGAGAAUGUAAAUAUUAUAAUAUUUUUGGUGGCAAUUUCCGAGUACGAUCAAAAUUUGUUUAAAUCCGAAAAUGUUAAUAGAAUAGAGGAAUCGAAAGAAUUAUUUAAAACCAUAGUUAAUUGCGUGUGGUUCAAAAAAACAGCGUUUGUUCUGUUUCUUAACAAGAUAGAUCAAUUUGAGGAGAAAAUCAAGAAAUAUCAUUUGGUGGACUAUUAUCCUCUGUAUGGGAAUGGACCGAAGGGCGAUUCAAAGGCAGCCCGUGAUUUCAUUCGGAACAUGUUUCUUAGUUUGAACAACAAAUACGAGAGGGACUUCUAUAGUCAUUACACAUGUGCUACGGAUACUCAUAACAUAACACUCGUCUUCGCCGCUGUAAAAGAUACGAUUAUGAGCAAUUUAUUAGACUCCAUAAACAUAUGUUAA